UGCAGUCUACUAUUCAUAGUUUGAUUUUGUUUGUUCCACUCAUGCCAUGACCCAGUUGGUCUGUUUCCUGGACCUUUUUCUGGUUAUCGGAUUGUCGUUUGUUUGCCUUUCACCCUUACUAUUUACAUGUUAUUUUGACCCUGCCUGACUAAUGCAAGUAAAGUGAACUUUGCCUUAUUGUCUGUCCUGUUAAGUUUCCUCUUAAAUCUGACUCCUGGAUUUGGAACUCCAAACCCUGGAUCUCUGGACCCCCUACUGGAUCAGACUUCACUUCCUGGAUCUCUGGACUCUGUCUGCUACCUGCUACCUGGAAGGCUCUGCUCACUCUGAUACUGGAUACUUCCCCACUUUGUCCAACCCCACUGCUGGCCUGCAGAGUCCCCACUACAUGGUGGAUGUGGUGGUCAGGUUUGGGUGCAGACACGGUUGUGUAAUCCAACAGAACACACACUCAAGGACUUUCCACCUGCUGUGAAACAGCAGAUUAAUGAUUUAUUAACGUUUGGAUUAUAAAGAGAUGCUUCCACACACACACCAACAUCUGGAUUUCCAUUAGUUCACUUCAGCAGAAAUCUGACAAUGAAGCUGGUAUCAGUCGUCUUCCUCCUCCUGGCUCCUCUGUUGAGCAGCUGCCAGGAGCUCGUCCUCCCACUGGACUGCAGUGACAUCUACAACCAUGAUCGCAGUCGACCCAGUGGAGUGUACACCAUGUAUCCCAUCGGAGCCACUUCUGCUGUCCAGGUGUACUGUGACAUGGACUCACAAGGAGGACGGUGGACGGUGUUCCAGAGGAGGAUGGACGGCACCGUGAACUUCUACAGGGGCUGGGAUCAGUACAAGCUGGGCUUUGGUAGCGCUGCUGGAGAGUACUGGCUCGGUCUUGAGCCUCUCUUCCACCUGACUCUGAGGAAGAAGUACGAGCUGCUGGUCGACAUGGAGGACUUCAGUGGAAACAAAGCGUUCGCUCGUUACUCCUCGUUCUCCAUCGACCCAGAGUCCUACGGAUACAGACUGCAGGUAUCUGGAUUCAGUAAUGGAGGGGCAGGAGACUCCUUGACUUAUCACAAUGGACAGAAGUUCACCACCUUCGACAAAGACCAGGACUCUUCAACCAGGAACUGUGCCAGAUCAUUCCUGGGGGCGUUCUGGUACAACAACUGUCACCAAGCAAACCCCAACGGGGUUUAUCGUUGGGGGGCUGACAGCACUAUCUAUGCUGUUGGAGUGGAGUGGUCCCAUUGGAAGGGUCAUGACUACUCCCUGAAGACCUUCAGCAUGAAGAUCCGUCCUGUGCAGUAGUUCUCCAGGACCAACGUACAGCAGAAUAUCAGCAGCUGAUCUCUCUCACUUAUCUAGAACAUAAUUUCACAAGAUGUUUAGAUGGAAACAGCAUUAACACAAUUUAUAGAGGAGGAAAAGAUAAAGAAUAAAAGCAUGCGUGUCUUUCUCUGUGGAUUUUCAAAAAUUAAAGCUUCCUCAGAAAAGCCAGUCAAAAUGUAAAAUGGACAUCGAUAGUUGAUGUGAAUAUUUCCAGUUAAAAUGAGACUUUGUUUGUGUGUGAGAGCAGCUGCUGGCUGGAAAGUCUUCAGUCAAACAGCUGUUGGUGUAGAGAAAUGAGUCUCUGCUGGUUCAGAUGUUACCUUCAGUCUGCUGGCUGCAACUAAACACACUCAGCUUUAAAGUCAAACUAACUAGUUUCAACACAACGUUUGGUGGAGGUUUGAAACCCUAAUGUGAAUCAUUAUCUGCUGUACGCUGACAAUAAAUGAGAAGCUGAGCAUGAA